AUGGCAUCACCAACUCCAGCUCCAGCCCUCAACGUCCCACCAGGCGAAACCGCAGUAACAGUCUCAGCCAUCGACUCCACACUAUGGAUGUCCGGCGUAGACACCGAAUACAUGUACUCCCCACCAAUCAAAGGUUUCGGUCGUGUACGAACCGGUUGCUGGUCAUUCCUCAUCGAACAUCCUCCAUCAGGUCGCAAACUCCUCUAUGAUCUCGGAUCUCGAAAAGAUGCCAUCAACACUACAUCGCCCGGGUGGGGUCUUAAAAAGCUUCGUGAAGACGGAAUCAUCGAGUCUUUCGAUGUGCAGAAACAUGUAGCUGAGAUCCUAGCUGAGAAUGGAGUUGAUCCCAAGGAGUUUGAGGGCGUGAUUUGGUCGCAUUGGCAUUUCGACCAUACGGGAGAUAUGAGCACUUUUCCCGUAUCGACGAAAUUAAUCGUUGGGGAAGGUUUUAAGGAGAAUUUCAUGCCUGGAUAUCCUAUCGAUCCGAAUGCCUGGACGCUGGAAUCGGAUUUUGAGGGGAGGGAAGUGGUCGAAGUACCAUUUUCCGAGAGUGGUGGUUUGAAUAUCGGCAAGUUUCGUGCUUUUGAUUACUUCGGUGAUGGAUCCUUCUACAUUCUCGAUACUCCGGGACAUGCGAUUGGACAUGUCAAUGCUUUGGCUAGAACCUCAGUUUCUCCACCGGAGUUUCUUCAUCUAUGUGGUGACUCGGCACACCAUUGCGGCGAAAUCAGACCCAGCGAAUACAUCCCGAUGCCGGAUCUGAUCGAUCCGUCUCCGCUGCCUGAAGCACAUCCUUAUUCCUGCCCUGGCGGCAUGUUCUCAUCACUUCUCCGAAACGGUUCGUCGUCCGAGCAUAUUCUGGAAUUCAUCGAUCCCUUUGAAGGACGAGAAGGUGUUGGUGAGCAGGAUCGAAAAUUCUCGAUCAUGUAUGAUCGGGAGGAGCUUAUGAGGAGUGUACGAAAAGUUGAAGGAUUUGAUGCGAAUGAGAAUGUCUUUACGAUUUUAGCGCAUGAUUGGAGUUUGAAGGGUGUGAUUGAUGAAUGGCCGAAAGGAAAUCUUAAUGAUUGGAAGAAGAGAGGAUGGAGGAAAGAUGGGUUUUGGAAGUUCUUGGAGGAUUUUGCAGGAGCUGUUGUUGUGGAAGACGGAGCUGCAGAAGGUGGGAAGUUAUGAAAGCAGUAAGGAACCGGCCUUUUAUUUCUGCCAACAUUGGCUUUUUCGCAGAAGUGCAAGCUAUGGUCACUGCGUUUUAUAUUGACAGGCAAGAAGUGAUCUGGCGCGACUUCUCCUGAGGCUGUCAGCCAAGUGUGCUGGUCGGAUGUCGUUUUCCGAUCAUCUCCGCAUCUGUGGAAUAUCGUAACAGUAUCUAUCUCAUCUUAUAUAAUAUGCAUUU